GCUCUCUCUCUCUCUCCUGAGACUUUGCCGAGGCGCCAUUUUGAAAAGCGUUUUGUUUGUGGGCUGAACCCGAGAGAGACGAGAGGAGGAGAGGCGGCUUUCUCCUCCCACCCCUUUCGGCGCGGCCGCGACGUUGUUUCUGUCAGCCGUUUGGCAAAGCGUCGAGCCGGUAUUUCUAAUAGAUGGAAGAAGGAGCUGAAGACCUAAUGGAUCAGCCUGAAUCUGCUCCAGAAAACAUACAAGUGACUGAAACAAAAAAAAGAGGCUCAAGAGGUCGGGGAAGAGGCCGAGGUGGCAGAGGCUACACUAGAGGGAAAAUGCGAGGCAGAUCACUGAAUGGCUUUGGGCCGAUAAGACGUGGAAUGGGAAGAAUGCGCCCAUAUUCAGAUGUAAGAGGGCGAAGAGGAGGACGAGGCGGACCUCUCUUCUCGCCAUCUCUGCCUCGGAGAGGAAUGAUGAGAGUGCCUUUUCUGCCACCCCCACCAUGUUUUGAGCUUCCUCCCCCACCUCCCCCUCCCCCACCACCUGGACCAAUGGGCUUCAGAGGAAUACCUCCUCCUCCCCCCAGAGGCAGAGGGAUGCCGCCAUGGCCACGAGGCCGUUUCCCACCUCCAAGCAGCUUUCCCAGUGGACCCGGUGCACCACCUCUUCCGCCACCUGGGCGGGGCCAGAGAUGGCCUGGGCCGCCAGGUGGCAGAUACUAUUAAAGAGGCUUAUUCUUUAAAUUCAGUAACUGGGAUACAUCCUUUUUACCUUAAGACCAUUUGAAAUGGCUGGACUAAGAAUUGCCUAUAAAGCAUUAAAGAAGGCAAAGAAAAUAACAGAGUGCUUGAUAUUCCAUAUUUUUCCAGCAGCCCUUAUGCACCAAGUUGGUAAAAGCCAUAUAUUUUUUAAAAAUAUCCUAAAGACCUGUGACUCCUUGGACACUUUCAAGAAUAUCCUUUUGAAGCCUGUUGUUUGUGGACCUUGGCAUCUGCACACUAAAAGUUAAAAGAAAGAUAUCUUAAGAAUAGGUCAAGCUUUAACUUAAUAUUCACAAUUAAGUUGUGUGCAGCUCUUUUUUUGGAAAUACAUCUUGAUUUGUUUCAGUAACAUGUAUUUGUUUGUUCUAAAUCUUGUGAACUCUGGUUUCAAAUGCACUUACAUGUGGUAACAAUAAAUUCAUCAAGAUGCUUCUUACUUCAAAGGGGCAAUUAUUCUGUAUCAUGUGGGGAAAUAUAAGCAAUGCACAAAAUGUAAUGGAUAAAAGAAACUGUGGAUGUUAAUUUAAGAAAAAGAAAAAAAUUACAAAUGAACAGAAGUUUAUGGACUUUGUUUAAAUUUUUAAUUACUGUUUCUGUUACUCAGCUUGACCUUGGUGUUUAAAUUUCUAGCAUGUAAUAACUACGUGUAGUACAUGGCUAAGCAUUUGACCUAUUGUAUAAUUACAACUGGUGAUGUUAUCAAAAACAUAAAAUGAAAGGCUAUAUUAAAAUCCGCAGUGUGCAUAUUGUUUUAAAUGACAGAUUUCUGUACAUUACACAAUCACUUUAGAUUUGAUUUUGUUGUGCACUAGAAAAACUUAACAAAAAUGGAACAUGUAAAUCUUUUUUUGCUUGUUAAAAUAACAGAUAAAAUUGUAAAAUUCUGAAACAGUGCUGUUUAAUGUCAAGGAUGAUCACAGUCAGUAAAUUUACAUUCAUUAAUACGGUCUGUGUUCUUCUGUGCUGAGGGCUGAAUAGAAACUUUUUUUACCAGUCUGGUGCAGUUUGGGACUUUUUAACUUAAGCAGUUCCUACACUGGGUCCAAAGUCUACAAGCAAAGUUUAAAAAAAUGAAGAAAAGCAAUAAAUUGAGGUAUGAAAGCAUAUAUAGAUGUCUAUAUUCUACUCUUAACACUUGGCUUCCAGUUAAUUGGUAUCUUAACAAAAUGUAUUAACCUUAGCUUUGAUAAAACAAAACAAAAACCCGACUUAGAUUGAUACUUGAUCAGACCUUCAACGUUCCCAAUAAAUCAUGAAAGCUAAUAUUUAGCCUUCACAACUUAUUCUUUAAAAGUGAAAAAAUUCAGCUGUGUAUAACAUAUUAGAAAAUACUUUAUUCUAUUCAUUUGGUUAAAUCAUUAUGCUGCAACGAUGCUUUGUUUUGACUUUGUGUUGGUUCAUUAUGUUGGUUUAAAAACACAGUAUUGACUGCAACUUUUAAAAAAGUAAUCUAAUGUUGCCCAAUGGUGAAAGAAUGAUGCUGUUGUUAUCUUCUGAAGGGUAACAUAGUCACCCUUUGAGGCCAGUGGGAGAUGGCAUGCAGACCUUUGGGAGAGCUUUCAUCAAGGCCUUGAGGUGAGACAGUAUUUAAACAUUUUCCCCACUCACUUUCUUUUUCUUUGAGUGAAGUGCACAUUCAUCCGAGUUUGAUUCAUGUCUGAAGUGGGGCACAUACACAACACACAGUCUCGAUUCUGUUUCACUCAGAACAUUAGCGGCCAAUAUACAGAGUUACCUCUUAGUGGAACCCAGUCAUACAAAAGGGAUUCAUCAGGUUCAGUUGGAGAAACCAAGUUGCCGAGCACAUGGUGGUGGGUCAACCAGGCGUGUGUCCAGUGAAGCUGGGCUUUAUGCAGAUCUUUACCGAAAAGGUUACUGUCAGAAAUUACUAAGCAAUACACAAAUUCUGUUACUUGGAAUAACAUUUGAACAUAUAAAGCCAUGUUUACACUGAAUUGGAACAUUCCUCCGUCUAGUCCAGGGGUGGGGAAUGAUCUAGCUACCAGGCUAUAUCCUUAUCUCUGCAACACAGAGACACAUAAUAGAUCCACUUUGUGAGGUGGGUGGGGUUGGCCAUCUGUCAGUCACCUGACCUCAUGAUGUCAGAUGACCCGUUUUUGGCUGUGUGGUUCAAGCGCCAUGCUUAUUAUUGGGGCUUGCAAAAGGUUGGCUGUGCACUGGGCUUUGCAGGCGCUUGCAAACCCACUUUUGGCACAGAUGCAUCUUUACCUAACCCACAGUUGAGACUGCAUGUAGGGCAGGCUCGUGUGGCUUAGCCCAAAGGGCCUCAUAGGUUUCCUGCUGAUCCAGCCUAGUAAUGUCUGUUCUUACUGACCAUGGAUCUCCUAAGAUUUUCCCCAGCCUUGUUUUCUGAGAUAGCUGUAACUUGGUGCUUCCAGAAAUUGAAGCUGGCCUUCUGCUUGCAGAUACCACUGAGCGUGGCCCAUCUUGUUAAAGGAACCACAUGCCCUUGAUUUCCCCCUUAAACUGAAAUAGUAUUUGCUGUUCUUCAUUCAAUGUGUUUGAAAAUGCAAGGAGAAAAGGAUUAGUAUGUUCAGUCUUCUAUAUUAUUCUAUACCAACUGCUGACAAGAGUAAUGAACAAGCAAAGCAAAGCUGCUUUGGUAAUAGUAAAUCAGUACUAGCCUGUACAUUUAGUAGCAGGAAUAUAUUGCUGAAUUUUAUCUGUUGAUAUGGAGAGAAAUUGAACCCACGCAUAAGAGAGAACGCAAACACUUUUAGUGCUCUAGUACAGCAAUUCACCUACAUGAUGGGCAGAGCAAUCAAAAAUGAUAAGGUAGCAUGGUAUGGCAUAUCUACCACUACAUCCCAAGUCCUGCUAGCUCAUGCCAACCAGGGUAGGUGGUGUGGGUGUUCUCUGUCAGUACACCAGUUCAGGCUGGCAUAGCUGAGGGAAGGGGAAUGUAAAAGCUUUGAUGCUGUUACAUAGUCAGCUUGGCUUUGCCCUCUGCUUGCACCCCAUUUCAGAGGUGUAGUACCUCAGUUGUCUCUUAAUCCCAUUCAGCACUAAAGAUCUGGGGCUUGGAAUUCCUCUUUUCUUUUUCCUUUCUUUUACUAUAAGCUGCAUGAGGUUACUGUUCAGAAAUUUAAAAUACAGUAGCAGGCUGACUUAACAUAUUUCUGAUUUUUAAUGUUCAUGGAGAAGCAAUCAGUUUGGAAGCUUGCAAUCGCACAAAUGUUUGUAUAGACUGAGAAUUAAUUGUCCUUUCUAGUGUAUUAAAGUUGCGGCAGCCAUCUGAACUGUGUAUAAGCAUACUACUCUGCAGGAAGAUUUCAAGUCUAUUGUUAAGGUAACACUUGCUUUCAUUAUUGCCUUCUUUUAAAAAAAUGGUGAUGCUGCUGCUUUGACAGUGAAACUGUUUUUCUGACCUUCUAUAUUUCUGUGGGGAACAUCCAUUGCAGAUGUGGACUUAAGUUAACAGCCUGCGAAGCAAUGUGUAUCGGUGCAGCUAUUUUAACUUUUCAGGAAGAUUAGGUUGAGGUCCCGUCUCCCUUUCCCGUGAGACUGCAAGGUCUCUGGAAUGUAAACAGAGUCCUGUGACUCCCAGCAGCUGCUCAGUGGGAAACAGAAACUAACACUCUCCUCCUUUUGAUAAAAUUCUACUUGCACUGAAUUGCAACUGAGUGCAGAAAGAGCUAGUGUCUAGUGCCUGUAUAAACUGUAAUAAUGCUCUGAUGCAAAGUGAAAUGAUGGAAACAUGGUCCUAAUAUGAGCAACACAUGCCUUCAUCAUUGGCCAAGCAAGUUCAACCUGCUUGGCUCUCCUUCCUUAACUUAAGAAGUCCUCAGUGGGAAUUGUUGGUCAUGAUGUUGUACAGGAUGAUCAAAGGCUGACACUAGUAAAGACAAAGCAAGGAUGAGGGCAAAACACGCUACUUUAAUUAUCUUAGCAUCAUUUGCUGAAUCCAGACUUACCUGAGAGUAAGGCCAAUUGACAACAUUUCAGUGUUUGAACACAUAAUUUAUAAUCAUCUUCCCCCUCACCCCUAUUUGUUGUAUCACUUAAAAAAACACAACCAGCCUGAAUAGACAUGUAUAAGAUUAUUCAGACUUACUCAUUACUAAAUUAAGCUAACACUAAUCUUACACUUGUUUAUUCAGAGGUUAGUCCCACUGGGUUUAUAUAGGAUUGCAGAAUUAGUCCAGAUUCAAUUCCUUGGUAUUUAUGUUUCUGAUACUAUACUUGAACUGUAUUGUGAGAAGCUUUUGUAAGUUGCUCUGAGAGUCUAUUGCCCUAUUUAGAAAGGCCAUUGUAUUGUUAUUUUAGCCACAGUCUGGAUGUUUUAAGAACCAUAAGCAGAGCAUGAAUGUGGUAGGUUGCCCCAGGGACCCAGCGUUCAGAAAUACUGUUUCUGUUACCAGGAAGAAUAGUCAUUGAUAGAUCUCUCAUCUUUGGUAUUUUUGCACUGAUCCUGUUAAUUUCAAUGGGGUCUCUGCAGAGGAAAUUCCUGUUGAAUUAUUCCCCUUGUCAGUAACUCUGCAAGUACAUUUAACUCAAUUUUUUUCCAUAGGGACCAUUUCACAGACCUUGAGAGAAACACGGUAGAUAAAUCUUUCACAGUAGCCUGAUCUUGAUUCUAGCUUGAGCCAAGCGGUGUGUGUAAUAUAUUAGGAAUGUUUUGUCUAUUGCAAUAAAUUACAUCCCAAGAUCAACUCAUUUUAAUGACAAAAAUGUAUUUUGUGGUCAAUGAAUGAGAAACUAAUAAAGUAUCUAAGCACUGUGA